AGACUCAGCCACGAGGAAACAGCACACCGCGACGCGCUCCACUCAACAUUUCCUUCCACACCGCUACUCAACGCGCGACUACCAUGAAGCCCAUAUACCAGAGACUUAAUCUAUUUAUUGACGGCCAGGAUGCCUACACCUUUGUCCCUGUGGAACCCAUUGGAGCGCAGUCUCUCACCAUACACAGGGCCACCGGCGAUAUAGUUCUCAACGCCCCGAACACACCUGUCCCUCCGACCGCCUCGAGAUAUGGCAAGACAAUAUACGGGAUACUGGGGAUGAUUUCACUGGCUCUUUCGGAGUAUGUUAUUGUAAUGACAGGUCGCGAACACCGUGCGCGCCUCAUGGGCCACGACAUAUACCGCGCGGUUGACUUUGACAUUCUGCCUCUAAAUCCGAAUGUCUCUGUCCAGAAUCCACCCCACCCCGUAGAGGGACACUUGUUGGCGUUGGUUCGGUCGCAUCUCCUCGGUGGUUACUUCUUAUUCAGCUAUGGUUGGGACUUGUCGAGGACACUCCAGGUACAAUGGCAAGAACGGGACAACGAAGAGAGAAAGGCCUUAUGGGAGGUGACUGACGACAGGUUUUUCUGGAACAAAUUUUUACAGUCUAGACUCACAGACACAGACAUCGCACAUGAUCUCAGUCCUUACAUUCUUCCAAUUAUCUAUGGCACGUUCGACAUGCGUACUGUAUAUAUCCACGGACACCGCAUUCAACUUUGCCUCAUCAGUCGACGGUCACGCUAUCGCGCCGGCACGAGGUACUUCCGUCGUGGCAUCGACCAUGAAGGCCACGUUGCCAAUUUCAACGAGACCGAACAAAUUCUCCUGGUCGACGAGCAAGCCGCGGGUCGCUUAUCACUUGCCGAGAACUUGACUCACAAACUGAGCUUCACUCAGAUUAGAGGCAGCGCGCCGGUUUUCUGGGCUGAGAUCAAUACGCUCAGAUAUAAGCCUGAUUUGCAGGUCAUGGACCUUGAGGAGACGGUUGACAUGGCUAAGCGUCACUUUCGGGAGCAAGUUUCACAAUAUGGCAGCCAAAGUCUUAUCAAUCUGGUGAAUCAAAAAGGCCACGAGCAACCGGUAAAGGAGGCCUACGAACGCGCCGUCUCACAAGUUGAAAUUCCAGAAGUGAAGUAUCAAUACUUUGACUUUCACAACGAGUGCAAACACAUGCGAUGGGAUCGCAUCAGUGUUCUCAUCGAGAAGAUGCAGGAGGACCUCGUUCAGCAAGGAUACUUCCACCUCGACACGGCACAGGAUAAGGCCGUACGAAUACAGACAGGCGUGAUGAGGACAAAUUUCCAAGCAGCUCUGGCGAAAUGGACGCUUAAUCGACAAAUGAAAGCCAUCGGAGUGCUAUCCGAUAACGAAGAACUGGACGACUUUGAAGCCUUGACCAGAGGUUUCCGUGAGAUGUGGGCCGACCAUGCAGACUUAAUCUCGAAGGCUUAUGCAGGCUCUGGGGCACUUAAGACAGAUUUCACUCGUACAAACAGGCGAACGAAAAUCGGUGCUCUUCAAGAUGGGUACAAGAGUGUCAUGCGAUACAUUAAGAACAAUCACUUUGACGGCGCUAGACAAGAUGGAUUUGACCUUGUUACUGGAGCUUGGACUCCCCAGAAGAAUCCAGUCACUGCUGCAUCCUUGAUCGCUGACACGCGACCACUAAUAAUUCGAUCGGUUCCUUACAUCUUGGCGUUCUCGCUUUUCAUGAUCUGCGCCGGACUCACUCUGCCACGGACGUCAGAUUAUUCCCUAUUGUAUUAUUUCAUGCUGUGGUUCGUUAUCGCCUCGUUGGCUGUCAUGUUCAUGAUGGUGCAUGGCAUCGAGUAUGUCUCGUGGCCUCGGCUUAUUCCUCCCACGGAUGUCAUCCAUUACGAAGGACCAGGCUUUCGCUCAGCCCACAACGGGAAGGGUCUCACUGGCCCUCUAGCUCAGAAGUUGGACCUUUCUGGCCAAUCGGAUGGCUUUGGAGCCAAGCUACUCUUGAACGGGCGAAAGAGAGCUUUGACGGUCAAUGGGAUGGAGGAGGGGACGAAGAAGAGAGUGGAUUGAGACCCGAGUUGUUGAGCUAUAUACCGCCUACAUUUCUUGCUAUUCCGACACUAUUCCUGUCGAAUAUAUGCCCUCUUCAAUUCUUCUUCAUGUAC